AUGAGCCCUGAGGCAGAGGGCCCAGGGGACUGCCAUCUUCCCUGGUCUCCCAGGGUCCCACGUUACCCGCACUCAAACAGUGGAGCGUGGUGGGAGGGGCUGGCCACUUGGGCCCUCGGGAGUCCUGCCAAUGGGCAGGAGGGCCUGGCGGUGGGUUUGAGAGCCUGGAUUUACCCCCGUGCGUGGUGGCCUGUCUCCUCCCAGUGUGUGCCCACCUCUUCGUGGGUGGAGACAGAGGUAGGCUCACGCCAUGGCAGCUCGAAGCACACACCCACUGAGUGUCAUCUGGACCCCAGCCGGGCGCAGCAGUUGGGUGAGGCUGCGGUGGUGGCGGCUGCUGCUGUAGGGGGUUGA